AUCUCAAUGACUUCCAAGUUUUACGUGAAAAAAGUAACCAACAAGAGGCAGUUGACAAAUGUGCCGCUAUUGGAAGGCCUUUGGCUACACUUAAAAACAAAGAACAAUUGGAGCUGGCUCAAAAAUUUGCUAAUACACAAGGGUAAACUAUUUUAAAAGAGAUCAAAUGAAGCUUCUAAAAAAAAAUAAUAAAUAGAGAUUAUUAGAUGUAUUUGACGGAGUUAAAAUGACAUCCACUCUUCUGAUUCAUGACCUUGCCAAUGGAUCAAAUAACUAAGUUGACUGAAAUACAUAUAAGCCAACUCAUUUUUUCAGGAUAUUAAAAUUAAAAGAAUACAUAGUCUAAUUUAAUAGCUUGUGCUUACUUAACUGGUCUUUUUUUAUGUAUUACAGAGAUAAUGUAUGGUUGUCAUUGCGCUUUGACACAAAUAGAGGUGACUAUAUUUCCGCAGAUGGAAUAACAUUGAGUGCUGGCUUUUCAACCUUUAAAACUAAGCCAGAGGUAAAAUAUCACUGUUUCACUUUUCCUAAUAGGCUUUCCUUCUAAUAUAUGACCAUUAUGACUAUGGGGUAUGUCUAAAUUUGUGUAAAUCAGAGUAACAUGCCACCUACUCUUUUCCUUUCUGGUAGGUUCUUAAAUCUUGUUUUUUGUUUUGAAACUUUAUUUUUAGUAAGUUGAGUAAGGCUAAUUAAAAAAUACCCAAUAUCACUUUAAAAAAAAAAGUAUUCUUUUAAAGUGAAUAAUUUAUUUCCUUUUAAUUUACAGUACCAUUAUUCAAUCCAUGUUUAAAUUGCCAAAUGAAAUCAUUAAAAAAUUAAAAUGUCCAUAGAACAUAGUAUGAUGCUAAUAGUUUUAAAAAACUAAGUAUUUAUUUUAAUACUCAGAUUCUAUAGAAAAUACCUUUUGGUUUUAAAACAAAACUACAGUUAUGAUUAAAAUCUACUGUGCAAAUUAAAGGAUACCAAUUGAUGUAAAAUUCGUUAUCCUUUUAUUUCUUAAACCUUUUAUAAUGGACAUCGAAAAUUUUAAGGCUUUUUUUGUUGCUCAGAUUAAUAAACUUAUGGGGCCUACAUUUUUUUUAAUGAAUAAGUUUAAGUCCAAAUGAAAUUAAUUUUUAAAUUAAAUCAUGAAUUAAUAUAGAAAUCUCUGUUACCUCUGUUUUUGUUGGUGAAGUAAUAAUAGAAAUCACAUCUUACUAAAGUAAAAUUGCAGGCCAUUUAAUUCAUAUUCAGAGAUGCACUAUAUAUUAUCAAAAUAAGAGAAAUUCUAUAGUCUGAAAUGUAUCACGUUUUAGCUUACCGUAUGAUAGAAGAAUGUCAUUUAACCUUUAUUUUUUCAAUAUAAUUCACAUGCAGUCUAAGGUCAAGUUCACGGAAGUUCACUGCAUAUCUGUCAACAAGAAGGGUGUAAUGAGCACAGAGCAGUGUAACACACAGUUUUACCCACUGUGUGGACCUCGUUGUACGUUGAAUAUUUUUCUUUUGAAAGUUUUUUCAAUGGCCUACUCUUGUAGUAUAAAAUAUAUUGAAUAGUAUUGAAAAAUAUCUCAAAACACUUCAAAAGAAGCAACCACAAGUGCUUUGACAAUUACCGCCAUUGUUUCCUGUACCAACACAACUGCAAGGGUAAACUUAGUGAACAAGUGAAUACUGGUGAAAAACACAUCUAUGGGUCCUUAACAACACAUGGCAUGAAUGUCAUGUGCUUCUUCACUAGAUAGAUAUUUUCCCACCCCUCUCCUUUUUACAACCAACUGCUAUGGACUAAAUUCCUCCCCCCUGUACCUAUAACCUUAUAACCUACAAAUGGUCAGUACGAUCCUCUCACCAUCCUCUCAGAUACAGCAUCUCUGUAUUCUCAGAUACAAUAUUUCAAAUAAGUUUUAAUAUUUGUGUUCGUCUUUGCAUCAUUUUUUCAGGUAUUACCAUACUGUGUUUAACAUAUUUCCUUCUUCCAAAAAUAUGUUUGUCUCUUCUCUUUCAUAUCAUUUAAUAGUAUGAGAUUAUAAAUGUUAAAAUUUGCGAUGGUUAGAAUCUAUUUUUAAUGCAAUUUGUAUCUGGGGCAUUCUUAGAAAUUUCUUUUGGGUUUCUAACAUAUUUAUUAAAAUGUUACAAUUGCUGCUGCACACAUAUUUACCAAAAGGUUGUUAAUUUACGUAACAAUAACAAUAUGAAUAAUAGUUAGUAAAAUAGCCAAAUGACACGCAUUAUCAUGAUUAAGCAUAACAUGGAAUUAAUUUGUGCCCAUAGUAUGUGAUUUAGAAUUUUAUAGAUUUAGAAUGGAGUCGUAGGUUUCUCUAGUUACAAAAUAAGUUCAUUUGAUGAGUUAAAUUUAAAGAAAAAAUCUAAAAUGGAUCAUUAUCAUUUUUCUUACAUUGCCUUAUUUGGGACUUUUCCAUUGUCCUUUCUAGCUGACAUCACUCCCUUUGUGUACAGUCCUUUCUAUCCCGUUGAUGGCUUCUCAUCUCUCAGUGAGUUGCAACAGAAGCUUCAAAGACAAGAACAGCAGGUACUGUAUAUUGUGAAUAUUUCACCUUUAUCAAACUUUAUAUGGAGCUUUUAUUAAGAAGUUACAAAGAGAAAUAAUUAUUAUUUUUAAUUUCUUUAAGAAUUCACACUAAUCAAACUCAAAAGGAAAUUUUUCAUAGUCAUUAGUUUAUUAAAGUGUUCAUCUCCUCAUCACAAAUAUCAAAAUUGUAAAUUAAUAACUAUAACAUGUAAAGAAACAAUCGAAGAGAGCAACAUCCGUUUUGUAUGGGGACAAGAGAUUUAGAAACUCUUGUUACAUUUAAAUCAUCUUUUAUUUUUGUUAAAAAGAACAUUAAAGUUUGUUAAAAGUAGUUAAAGUAUUCUCCUAAGGAAGCUUUAGUAAAAAAAAAUAUAAAUAUCAGUUGAAAGUUUCCCAAUUUUUAGGGUUGAACAUUUUCAAAACAAAAAGAAAAUUAAAAAUGAAAAUAAACAGAUUAAUUUUAAAUAAAAAUGGCUUUUAAAUAAAUAAUAAAUGAUAAUGAUUUUAAAUAAAAAUGGCUUUUAAAUAUAUAAGAAAUAAUGAUUUUAAAUAAAAAUGGCUCUUAAAUAUAUAACAAAUAAUGAUUUUAAAUAAAAAUGGCUUUUAAGGAAGUAAUAAAUAAUGAUUAAAAAAAGAAUCAUUUUUUUUUUAAAUCUGGGAUAUCUUAAAAUAUAUUUUUUUAGAGAUGUUGGAUAAAAAUAAACUACUAAAAACUUAAUUUGCAUGUAGUACUUAAGAUUAAAACAUUUGUAUACAUGAUAAUCUAAUCCUUUCCCUUUUAAUAAUAAUAUUGAGAGGUCAAUUCCACAUCAAAAUAUGUGCAAAUAAUUUCAAUGAUUAAAAUGGAUUUGGGCAGUUCUUCAAGUCUCAACAUUUGAUCUAAAAAAAGGCAUCAUAAAAAAAAAUUGUGCCAUUUAGAUGUUGUAAAGUGUUUAAGUUGCAGAACCAAUAGAAAUAUAUUUCCUUAAUUUGUCUGUUUUCAUUAUCCCAGGAUUAUGUAUGUGAUAAACCGUCUGACAUUGAGUGCAGUGCCCUUGCUAAGACAGGACAGUGGGUGACCAACAAAAACCAACAAGGCACGACCAUCACUUGCACUGCUGCCUCAAUCAAGUGCCGCAAGAAUCAAGAAGUUGAUUGUAGCACUUUCCGAGUUAGAUUCCUCUGUCCCCAGAGUUAGUACUGUAGCACUUGUUUCAACUUUUCAUCAUUUCUUUAACUGUUACUUUAUGAUUAACAUCAGCCUUUUGAAAACCUUUCUUGAAAAUAAAGAUUGAUUGCAGCAUGAUUGCUGAAAUGUGCUUGUCAGAAUUUUUAUUAUCCUCUCCAAAUUCCUUUGAAUUCUGUCUUACAAAAAAAAUUUAGAUUCCUGGUGCAACUUUUUAACAUACCUGUAUUUUCAGGUGAUAACCAAUGCAAAGAGUUGGCUACUUUGGGUGCAACACCUUGUGAGGGUGGCCAAACCUGUACCCCGGUCAGGAAUCAUUUUGUUUGCCAAUGUCCAUUAGGCUCAGUGUAUGAUGACCACAGCAAAACCUGUCUUUGUAAGUUAACAAGUUGACACACAGAUCAAUGCUGAUUCCCCACUGUUACUAUAUAUUAUUCAUUGCUCAGUAAAGUGCAAAAAUUCUAUUUACUAUCCACAAGCUGUAUACUACUUAGAACAUGUAUUACUUUAAUAACUCUAUCAAAGUAAGUUUCCUUAUUUGUGCUUCUGGUCAAAUUUGUUAUUAAUCCCAAAAAAUUCCAAAUGACUGGUCUGCUUGUAAUGAAACAUAUUCUUUGGUACUGAUGUGUGAAGAAAAUUGAUAUAAAUUAAUUCUUUAAAAAAAAAUUCACAACUUGACCAUAUAUCAUGUCUCUAAGACACAUUAAAAAAAAAUUAAUAGUAAUAAGCUUAGACUAUUUUUGUCCUUUUGCAUGACAGCAUUCUGUGGUGAGUGCUCAGCCUGGGGUGACCCUCACUACACUACCUUCAAAGGGGACAAGUACAAUUUCAUGGGCACAUGCACGUAUGUAUACACUUUUAAAUUUCAUUCAAUAAUCUUUUUUUUCAUUGUUUAUUUUCCUCUGAAAGCAUAGAUGCUUGUGCUGGUAAAUUAUUAGACAUAGAAUUUAAAACACAAUAGUGCUGGAGAGCAAUUGUUGACUUUAGCAGAACUCACUCACAGCAAGUAUAAUAAAGCAGAUUUUUGAUGAUCAUAGAUUUCAUAGAUUAUUCAGUAAUAUUUCCUAUGUGGUUGUACUUAUUUGGGGCUAUUGUGUGGACACACCAGGGCAUGACAAAAACCCAGCAAUACUCGAAAAAUGAAUCAAUAGGACUACAAUCCAAGGACUUCAUAUGAUAGAUAGUAGAAUGGGUAAUGAAAAUAUGUUUACACCUUCGAAGUUUUAUCUUAUUUUCAUGGUAGAGUUUAACUGAACACCAAGAAUUGAUAAUGUGGAAUUCUUCCUAAUGGCUCAUAAUUAAACUAUGUUUCUACUAGAUUUAACAAUAUAAUAAUGCAACCAUUUACUCUUUGGAUUUAGGGCACCACUGAGAUGGUGCACAGUUUUGGUAAAACUAUUUGCACUGCCUUAAAGCCGCCACUUGUGAUAAACUAUGUUUCUACCAUCUUUAUAACAUAUUUAUCCUUUGAUCUCGCUUCAUCAGCUACCUGUUCAGUGGUGUUUGUGAUGCCUCUAAAGUGGGCUCAGCCCCAAGCUACGAGGUAAUCACCAAGAAUUCUCCUUGCGGAAAACCUGGUGCAACUUGCAUCAGUAGAGUUGAUGUUGUGGUCAGGAACAUCCCUGUGAUGGAAAAUGGACUGGAGGUCAAGAAAAACUUGGUCUUCAGGGUCAACGUUGGUGCCUCAAGCUACAAGGUAAAGAGAUGUCACUUUUUUUGCCAGGAUGGGCUUUACUUUCGGUGGGCUAUUAUUAACAAGUGUAGGUCCAUGUCGUUGGGACAGUAUAUUUUCUUUUACCCCUCCACAGCUCAAUGAUGUUGAGAUAUCACAGACAGAGUAUGGCAUUCAAGGAGCAUACACCGCCAUAGUGAGGGAAGCUUACUUUGAAGUGACAUUCCCCAGAUUGGGUCUCUCUGUCUUCCUCAGUGGCACCAAACUCAGAGUACAAGCCCCAGGUACCCGUCAAAGAUCCGCUAACCUUACUCUUUAAAAAACAAAACAAUUCAACCUUCUUUUUAUUUCCAGCCAUUAAGCUGCAAGAAAUACUUUAAGCAAUAAUAAUUCACGAUUACAUUUUGUGCUCAUUUAUUGGCAUUUGCUUCCAAUGCAACAGUUUUAUUUCAUUAAUGGCACUCACAAUUUGAAGUGCGUUACAAUUCUAAAUCAACUGUCAAUUAAUUUAAAGUUAAAGUAGAAUGCUGCUUAAAGGACAUAAGAAGAAAUUAAAAAUUAACUAUUGUUACAAAGUAAAAGAGGAAGGUUGAGAGUAUCCAAAGUAAACCAUUAUUAUUUCAAAAAUAUUAUGUACAAUUCUCCAAGAAGCCAUUUUUUGCCAUCAGUAAUUAGUUUCACAAUCAACAACAAAUACAUUGCUCCACAUUAUUAUAAUCAUAGAAAAUGCCACCUUUAAAUGCAGGUUGCCAUUCAUUUAAAUUUGAAUGAAUGAUAUCAUUUCCAGGUCACUUUAUCGACAACAUGUGCGGUCUGUGUGGAAACUGUCAAGAUUCCAAAUUUAGGCUUCGUAAUGGCACAGUUGUCAGUGUACCCAGCCGCAACAAAGAUUUGGAUGACAAAACUAUGGCUUUGUUUGCUUCUGAUUCAAAGGUUUAUGAUCCUGAGUCCGAUUCUGCUCAGUAAGUUUUUCUUUAAUACUUUGGAGAGAUGAAAAAAUUGAAUUGGGAAAGGGGGGAGGGGGGGGGAUAUAAUCUUGAUUUAUUACUUUUAAGCAAUUCUACGACAGCUUUAUUUACAGUUUCUCACUUGAUGGUUUCAGCUUUUGGAGACAUGCUUUUAUCAUCCUAUUAUCAUUUUAUCAUCCUAUUGUAGUCAUGUGGUAAAUAUACAGCGAAUAGUUUUUAAAUAUAUAUAUAUUCAUAUGUUUAAAUGGGUUUAUAAACUCAGAGAAAUGCAGAUCUUGAGGACUAUAGCCUUUAUUUUGUUCUUUAGAGAGUUGUAUAAAAAGGAGUGAUAGAAGAAAAUAAAUCCUAAGAGAAAUUGUUAUAAAAAGUUCCAAGCAAAAGGAUCUGGAGAAAAAUUGUAAGAGAAAGGAGAAUGCCUGAAAAGGUACACAUUGUAUAGGUUAGCAAUGUCCUGACUAACAUUUGAAUUACACAACUAAUAAAUUAGCAUGUUAGACAACUCUGUAAUUCCAGGGUAUGACAAGUAUACUUAACUAACAAUAUAGAUGCAUGAUAAACAUUUAGUACCUGUUAUUGUUAUACAAAUGGCAUUAAAAUUAUAUUCUUGUAAUUGUAAUGAUGCUUAUAAAAGAAAUCAUGUGGCAAGGUUUAACAUGAAGCACGUACCCCGUCUUACAUUCAGAAUCAGUGUGGGAUGUGAGGGCUAACAUACAGGUCUAGAAAUUAAGACUGUACUGUCAUCAACGUAUUGUGUCUAUAUAAGAUGCACCCAUAGCAGGACAGUUUCUACAAUACAGUAAAACCUCCAUUUUGCGACCCUCUCUUAAAUGACCUCCUCCAACAUAGGAUUGGGAAAAAAAUUCACAGAUGCUUUGUAGCCUACUAUAUAAACGAGCUCUCUUAAACGACUCCUUCUAAAACGUGACUUGCGACCUUAAAAUAAUUCAAUUUUACGACCUAUCACCUGAAAACGUCAGAUUCCAAAGCAAAGCUAUAUUUGUGUGCUUGAAGAAAACAGUUUCGUUGACAACUUUUAACAACAGAUGAUGCACUAAAGCAGCUAGGAAGUAGUGAAGGGGAAAUAACUCCAAGGAGCUGACCAGAUUUGCCCUGAGCAGGGGCCUUUCAGACUUUGCCGACACCCUGUCUGGUGUUCAACAUGACACACUAAAAGAACAUGCACGAGUGGGGGGAUCAUGCAAACAAACAGAAAUAACAGCCUUCUUUAAAAAAAAACCCCAAAAAACAAACUUUUCAAUGAUAGAAUAAGAAUAAUUAUAACAAUAUUAAUGCGAUUAUCGUAUACAUAAAUAGUUAUAAAUAUUAUAACUCUAAUCAUGCACUCAGCACUUACACAUGCUUUUAAACAACUACCAUACCAGUACCAGCAUUGAUUUUUUUUAUUUUGGAAUGAAUGAGGAACAGGCAGAUAGUGACUAUAUUGGUUGUGAGACAGAGUUUAAUCUACAGGGUGGGCUAAUAAAAGUGAGAACAUUUCGUAGUGUAAUAUUUUACGAGAUGUUCUCACUUUUUUUGGCCCACCCUGUAUAUUUCUGAAAGAAAGAUUGUAGAUAUUGCCUAUACUUAAUGGUGCGUGUACUUGUUUACUUAAUUUUCUAAAUAUCGUUUUUCAAAAAUAUCCCACCUCUUUUUUAAGAUCCCUCCAAUUUAAUCCCUCAUUUUAAUGGCAAUUUAAAGGUCGUACACGGAGGUUUUACUAUACUAUUUGUUUUAUAUUAUACGUGGUUUUAUAUAGUGUGGUAACCCAGACUAGGGUAGACUUUCAAAUUUACUAAGCUAUAAGGAAUAAAUUCCCCUUUCCAUCAAGAUAUUUAUAUAAUAAUACACUAGGGUUUCCGAUAAAAUAUAUGAUUGAACUUAAUAAAAAAAAAUAACUAAUUGUGGUUUCAUAUCAGAAUGGUGGGGGAUAAGCCGAUCAUGUAAUGUUAUGGUAACCUAACCCAUAGGUCAAAUUCUGCGCCAAUAAUGGAUGGUAAAUGCUCUGCUUCAUAAAAGUGUGGCCUACAAUGCCAAAAUAUUAUCAUCAUUGUUAUCAUCCUUAUCAUCAUCCUUAUAUAAUCCUAUUCUACUAAAAAGAAAUCAACCAACUCAUCUUGUUAUUCACAUUUUAAACUUUUAUUUAAAUUAUCCCACACUUUCAUGAUUUAGUCAACUUUGUUUUUUCUUCAUAUUUAAAUUUUCAUGGAAUCAUUAAGGGGAGGUGCGGGUGAGAAAUUGACGAAAAUGGCAAAUUUUGAAUAAUUUUUUAUUAGUAGCUAUUUGGUUUUAUUAACCAUUUCUCUAUUACAUUUUUAUAUUUGUUUUUAUAAAAGUAAGUUAGAAAAUAUAAUAAAUUACAAAUUUCCUGACCCUAUCAAUCAGAAAAAUGUCAAAAUUGUCCUAUUUUUAGUGUUUUUACCCCUUUGUUAUGAGUAUUUGGAAUCGCCCAAUCCCUAUGUCUUUGGCAUGGUUGGAAAGAUGGUGAUUUCGGGGUCAAGAUAAAUAUAGCUUAUGAUCACAAAGAAAACUACAAAAGCAACCGAACCUUUCGAUCGCCGGUAAUGUCUAGCAAAAUUUGGUAUUUUCCUGUCCUACUUCGUGUAUCACGUGAUCAAACCCUGACCUUUGAAUAAAAUAAGCAUUUUGAUUGGUUCCUAUGUAGGAAAUCUGUUUAUAAAGGUCACUUCCGGUAUAAACAAAACCAUAUCUAAUUUCGUGAGGCCUAGCAAGUUCGAUAUGUAAUUUGUCGGUAAUAAAUUCAUUUGAGGAGUUAAAAAACAACUAAAUAAGUAAAUAACCACACAAAAUGAGUUGGCUUUGAUUAAUUGCCAUAAUAAACAUGAUUAAUGCUUCUCCUUUUCGGAGAAGACCAAGACUGAGUACACUAAACUACUAAGACUAAGCCUACUCCUAGUGCUAGUCGCUUCAAGUUCAAGCAUCGCUACGCUACUUUACCAGCAGGAAAAACAUAGAAAAAUACUAUGCCUUGGUAAGUCUUAAAAAUCUAUUUUUCAUUUAGAUUCAAAUUUAAAGUACGGUAUCAAUUAUUUAUAAGGCUAAGCCUAUACUGUGCUCACUAUACAACAUUGAAUGAGGGCUAUACUUAUACUUUAUUAUUAUUAUAUUAGUAAUAAACACUGUUACUUUUGUGAUAGUGAACUGUAGUAAAAAUAAAACCUAUAAACAAUUUAUGAAUUUAGUUAUUGUGACAUUUGUCUUACACUGUCCUAUAUUUAUAGCUAUUAAAAUGGUAAUAUGAAAUUAAAUGUAAUAAAUUUCUCUUUUUUUUUUUUUCAUCGCAAAUAACAUUGUCAUUAGUGUUAUUUUAUUUUAAAGUAAAGUAAGAGUAAGAGCCCUAACAAAUUUUGCUUGAAAUACGUGUCAACAAGUAUGACCUAUCAGUCAUUAAUUUCAUUAUAGCCUUAUAUUUUUAUUGAGAAGCAUUUAAUAAAAAUAUCUAAAUACAAGUUUAUUGUUUUCAGGAAUCAUUGAGGAGACGCGCAAUGAGGUUGCGGAACACAACAAACCACAACAUGCAUUAUAUUUCCUGUUGAUAAACUACACUGAUCUGUUGUGCCUAGGUCCAUUUAGCCCAAAGGACAAUAUGCACAUGAAAAAGAAGGAGUGCCCUAAGUGUAUUCCAAUGUUUCAGAUUCCUCGGCGCAACAUAUGUUCGAUGCAUCGAAAUAAAAGUAAGCUCAGGCAGAGGAUGCAAGAGAAGACUAACACAGAUUACAUCACAAAACUCAUUACGUGUUAUUCAAGGACAAAAAGAAUAAGACAGUAGUUGAAAGAAACAUAUCAAUAUUUCCCUUAUUUUAACAUUGUAUCUCUCUGCGAUGUGAUUUUCAACAUGACGAGUGUCAAAAUUUGAUACAGUAACUAAUUAGAUUUUACAAUGGAGUUAUUGCUCAUGAGUUUUCUGGCUCACACAAAAAACAGUUAAUAUGCUUUUGUGGAAAAAUACAUGUUGCAACUCAAGUGAUUCAAAAGUUGUGAGAUAGAAAUCAGAAAAUUUACAACUGUCAAUAUUCAUUCCGUCAUUAGACCUCAUAGAACUUACAAUUUUUUCUUUACAAGAAUAAGAGUUGCAUUUUCAGCAUUCAUGGACAAUGCCAAAUAACUCUUUGGAAUUGCAUAUUUACCUAGCUUAAUUUUAUGAUGCUGAAAUUCUCCAAAAUAAGCGAAUUAUUAUUUUUUCGACAAAUACAGAAUAAUAGAUAAAAAUAUAUCAAUCACAGUGAAAAGUUGAGUGGUCAGGAAAAAAGAAAAAUGGACCUGGAAAAUGAUUAAAAAUGUCCGCAAUAGGCUAAUAAAAAGUUUUUAUUCCAAUUUUGGUAUAAGAUUCUUAUUUUUCAUUGAUAUUUUCAUUGUUUUUGUCGUUUUUCUUCGUUAUUUCAGUUUUCUUGUUUUCACUAUUUUUGGUCACUAAUAUCCCUAUAACUUUUUUAUUUAUUAUCCAAACCUCACCAAAUUUUCACAGUAUGUUCAGUGACCAAUAAUAAACAUUUGAAUAACCUAGAAUUAAGAUAACUAUCUUAGAAAAGAAAAUAUGUAAAAAAGAAUUCACCCACACCCCUAUUUUUUGCAUAAAAAAUGGGGUCACAAUUUCUGACCCUGUAAAUUUAUAACCAGUCAUUACAUCAAAAAGUCCUGUUAUACAAAGUUUUAUUAUAGGUUAAAUAAUCUAUGUUUAAAAUCUGAUAGCAAUAACUUAAUAUUUGUAAAAGCCUUAGUGUUUUAAAAAACACUCAAAAAAUAAAGAUGGCGGAGGUUUUUAUGGGCUACAAAGGCAACCAAUGGAAAAAUUUUUUUUUUAAAACCUGUUUUGUACCUCCAUUUCAAUACCAAAUAAGGUGUAGUUAAAAAAAAUCCUAUAUGAAGCCUAACAAAAAUUUUAGAUUUUUCACCCACACCUCCCCUUAAAAUGUUUGAACAUUUAGGUGCGACGUACCAGUGGCUGUACCUACAGACACAUGCAAUGACGCAGUGAGAGCUAAUCUUGCCCAGCCAAAUCUCUGUGGCGUUUUCACAGACAGCACCAGCGCCAUCCAGGAAUGCUUUACCAAGGUGAGAUAUUCUUUUAAUUUAUUUAAAGUCAAAAAUAAGAUUAGAGUUUCCACAACUCUUUGUCCCAUACAGUGGUAUUGUUGGGAUUAGUGCUGGCCGGGGGCGGACAAAAGAAUUUCACUCUCCUGUUGGGUGAUAAUAACUCUGCAAAUUGGUAGAAAAUGCCAGCCAUUGCAUUUAAAGAAAAAUGUACCGCCCAGGGGCAGACCACCCCAUCUGCACUCCACUUCCUAUGCCACUGUCCCCAUUUAAAAGGAAUAUGAAAUUAUUUUAAUCUGAUGCAGAUAAAAUUAAUGAAUCCCCCAGUUUAUACUGUAUAAUUUGAGUUAUGGUAUCAAAAUAUUAAAAACCUGGCAUCAAAUGUCCAACACAUUCUUACAUCUGAUCUGCUGUUACCUGUUAUUCUAAUUUGUGCCUUACAAAGUCUUUAUUAUUUUAUUUUGGGGCAACUCAGACAACACUGGAUCGUCAAGUCUACUAUCAAGAUUGUCUCUAUGAUGCUUGCUUGCAAACUGAUUACCAACAGGCUGUAUGCACAAUGGUUAAGACAUUAGCCCAGGAAUGUGCCAGCAAAGGUGUUGUACUAGACUGGAGACGAGACAACUUUUGUCGUAAGUCUAAUAACCCCCAGUUGCCUGUUUACACUUUUCCAUGCUAACUCAAAUGAAAAAUUAAAGUUAACAUUCUGGUUAAAGGGGAACUGAAAAGUAAUAUUUCAUUCAUUUGUAACUUUUGUGUGUUUUUUCCAUACUUUCAGCUUGCAUUAAAUGAUCUUGAAAUCCUUUUUUUUUCUUUGGUGUGAUAACAUUGUAGCCUUGUCGGAUCAUAAAUAAAAUCACAAAUAAAUUCACACACUAACAAACAUUUUGCUGCUCUCUAUAUAAAAUUAAAUAAUUGAAAUUAAAUGUUUAGAAUAAAAAUGAAUCUGAUUGAUCAAACCAUUUGUAAUGUUGCACUAUCAAAUGAUAAAAAACAAAUAUGAUGCACAACGAAAGUAGGACUUUUUUUUUUUUUUUUUAAACUAGCUAAUAUAAUUAAUUUCCAGCAAUGAACUGUGGUAGCAAGGUGUACCGUGCUGAUGCCUCUUGUGCUCCCACCUGCGGACGUAGCAUUUCAUCCAUACAAGUUUGUAAAGAGACCCCCGAAGAAGGUUGUGUGUGUCCCGCCGGCCAAAUGAGGCAAGGAGAGAAAUGUGUCACUCCUGAAAAAUGCGGAUGUAAUGUUUACUUGAAUGAUGGCAAAGUCACUUGGAGCCUGCCUGUGAGUAGAUAUAUUUUUAAAACAGUUUUUUUCUUAAUUACAACCCCUCUCUCUGCCCCCCCCAACCAGUAUUUAACACGCGUGCAACAAACUCCCUCUGACAUGUUAAGGAUUAUUUUAAGAGCAAUGUUCAAAUUAUCAUUUUCCAUCUUUUGCAACUUUUGCCCAUUGCCACACUCUUUUUAGGACACCCGCAGUUUGCUAUGAGCUAAAGAAUCAAUUGAUACAUUUAUUCAUGGAGGUUUUUAAAAAUGUUUAAUAACUCACAACAUAUCUUUGCACACCAUAUCAUGGAGCAAACUGUUCAGCUACUGUGAAGCGAUCUGUGAACACUUUGUUGUGAGGGUUUCCCUUUGUUUUUUUGUUUUUUUACACAUUAUAAUCUUGCAGGGGGGAUAUAUUUCUUCUCCCUAACUUUCUAAAAACUUCACAUGGACAAUGUGUGUAAUUAGGUCACUUAUCAAAUGACUGUUAAAAUACAUUGCUGUUACUCAAGUCUUCGACAGCAAGUACAUUAUUAUUCUCAAAGCUUUGUAGUUUCAUUAAGAUUUCGUUUUAUUUAGUUUUGCACCAAUCACGAGUCAUUUUUCUAUUAUUAUUAAGUAGUUAUUACUCACCAAACAAUGGCAGCUGCAAUGUGUGAACUUCCCAUCUUCUAAAUAAACAUGACAAAUUGUGCAUUGAAGUAACCGAUUAAUAGAAUACCAAUGCACGCUACCCCCCCCCCCCAGGUAUUUAAUCACACAUUGCCCCUAAUUAUUUUAAUAUCCCACCCCCUUUUACGACACUUAUUUAUUACAUCAUAUUUAAAUUUGCACUAUUUCAUAAAAUAAAACAGGGUAUUGUUUCAAACCCAAUAUUAAAAAGUUCAAUAUCCUUACUGUCUAGGGGUUACAAUUACUCAACAAAUGUCUCUUUAUAAAAUAUGAUACAAGUCAUAAAAUUCAAACACUUCAUCACUCCUACCAUUCCAAAACAUAACAUCCCCAUUUAAGAACUCAUUUCUUCUUACCCAAAAAUGUCACAAAAUACAGAGCAUAUAGCAACAGCUACACAAAUACUCUCCGAACCAAACAAGCAAUCACAAAAAAAAAAAAAGAAAAGUUCUUAACAGGGUAUCCCUACAUGGCUCAGCCCUAGAUGUCAUUUCAAAGAAAAACCACUGUUUAAAAAAAUGAUGAACAAUCUGUAGAAGAAAGUGAAUCCCUAUGGCAUUUUCACCAUUUGAAUUAAUACAAAGUUCAAGGAAAGCCAACUUAAAAUUUAAUGAAUAAAAUUUCUAUCAGCUCGGAGAGUCGUUCCUCUUGCCCAACUGCCGUGAAAAAGUGACGUGUUUGGUGAACGAUGAUGGCACUGGCACACUCGUCAGUGCUCCUUUCAAUCUUCCCAUCAAUGCAGAGUGCGACUCCCAGAUACCCCCCAGUGUAAAGUGCGCUAGAGGAUUCAGUAAGGCCGCCGAUGGAAGCUGUCAAAGUAAGUUAACAUGAGUCAUGGUAAGCCUCGUACAUAUUUGAAACUAUUGUGGAUAUUUUUUAAUUAUAUAUUAUUACCUACUGGAAAUGAAUUUAACAAUUAAUUUUUACAAUGGAUUGAUAACUAAAAAAAGUGUUCAGCAAAUCAUUUGAGGAAAUAAAAAAAAAGAAUGUUAUCAAAGCCAGUGAUACUGACUGUGAACAAUUUAUUUCUACUUCUUGCAGAAGUACAAAAUUAAAAAAAUAUGAAAUUCAGCUAUGGGGGUCAUCCAUUAAUUAUGUCAACAAAAUGGGGCGGGUGGGGGGGGGGGAUUUUGACAUUUGUUGUCAAUGGGGGAAAGGGGGGAGGGGAGAUUAGUUGAGGACAACAAUCAUGUUUUCUCUUCUGAAAUUUUUAUCUUAAAAAUUGACUGGUUAUUACAUUAUUUUAACAAAUUCAAUGAGUGUAAAUUAAUGUAUUUAAAAAGUUUAUAUGGUGAUUGACAAGCUUAAGAUGCACGUUCAUUUUGUGUUUGUGUGUGUGUGUGUGGGGAGGGGGGUUAUAGAAACAUAAUUAAUGUGGAGCGGGGCAGCGGGGGGUAAAAAUUGCUUAAAAAUUGUUGAUGUAAUUAAUGGCACCCCCUAUGCUAAUUUUACCCACAUUUCUAUAACGUCUUGUGAAGUCACCAGAUGAGUAAAGUCUAGACCUGUCCAUGGUCUUAUUUAUAUCUAUAUAUACCCAUGGUGAGAAGCUAACAGAAAUGGUUACAUAACUGAGAAAGAGAUAAUUCACAGUGUGUUAACAAAGGUCGAUGAAGAUGGAAAAGUGGCAUGAUUUAAUGGUGUUGAGCGGGGGAAAAAAUGUGUCACCAAGUUAAAUGUAGCAAAUGUAAACACAAGUUUAAAAAAUGUCGAGUGGACAUUAAGUAAUAUUAUUUUAGAAUCAAAGCAGGAUUGUUGACAUUACAGAAACUCACCGUCUCUGCAUCUCUCUUUCUCUCCAUCUCUCUAUCUCUCUAUCUCUCAACUCACUGUCUCUGCGUCUCUCUCUUUUUCUAUCUCUCUUUCUCUCAACUCACCAUCUCUGCGUCUCUCUCUUUCUCUCUAUCUCUCUAAUUUAAAUAAUAAUUUUAUUCAAUUUCUUCUUACCAUUUAAUUCUCAAAGGAAAUCCAGAUGUAUGCCUUAAAGGUUAUGUGGAUGUGAAAGGAGUCUGCCUUAAAGUCACAGAUGAACCAAAGACAUGGAGGGGAGCUGUCCAGGUCUGUAAUGAAGCUAAUGGAAAACUGGUUACUAUUGAUACUGACGGCAAAGCUGAAUCUGUGUUGCAACUCUUGAAAGAUAAAAAAUAUGGUGAGGCUUUUGGUAGAUUUUCAAUUUUUGUUUUAACAUAUGUGUCUCCCUUGCACUUUUUUUCCAUCCAGUACAUUUAGAUUAAUAGAAUAGAAUUGUUGGAAUUUUUACUAAUUUUUUAUGGGUGGGUGGGGGGUGUGUAGGAAGGUAACAGGGUGUGGGGGUGUAUUGGAAGGUGACAGGGUAUAACAUUAAGUGAAAAUGAGGCAUUUAACUUUGGCCUGAUCACAGGCUCUUAUAGAGGUGAAUAAAAAUCAAACAUUACUCAUAAUCAGCUUCUGUAGAACACCAAUACGUACAGAUUACUGGCAAUGACUUCACACAGUUUAAAAUAAAAGAUAUUUUUCUUUACAGGCAGCAGUGACCAGUCAUGGCAAGGGUAUUUUAAUAUUUCUCGGAAGGGAAAAUCCAAUUAAUUUAUUUUUAUAUGACAUUAAUAUUUUUAAAGCCCACAGUGCAUUGCAGAUCAGCAUUUUAUCUCAGUCCAAGGACGGGGCAACACAUUUUUACUUAUUUUUUCAACAGAUGCUGCAUGGGUUAGUUGUAAACUUCAAGUUCGCAAAGUUCUUGGCAAAGCUGUCUUCCAGCCAAUACUUAGCGCAGAUGAGCAGAGCCAAAUUGAGUGGGGCAACUUCCACUGCAGUGACUUAAUCCUGAAGAAAAUCAAGCUCUCCAGCUCCAUCCCCUUAGGAUCGAUUCCUGAAACUGGCCUUCUGGUCAAUGUCAUAGCCAGGAAAACUGUUGCUGGUCUCAUCUUUGAGGCUGUCACUUCAGACACCCCAGCUAACUUUGUGUGUGAAGAACGUAAGUCAAUGUCUCUGUUGUGGCCAACAAGCUGAGCACAUUUUCUGGUGACAAUCCGAUUUUCCAAUCCUAUUUUUAAAUAAAUAAAUUUAGGGACUUAAAAUAUUUUGGGGUGGUUAAUGACACGUAACUUAAGACUCCCUUUUAUUCAACUUUCAAUUGAUUGAUGACAAAAGGUUUAAUUGAAAUUUUAAAAUUCACUGAUUUGUCCCAGGUAUUUAAUCAUGAAAAGAAAGAAGCUGCCGUGCUCUGCAAUAUAUGGAUAGUAAGAAAGCCAAUACUUGAAUUCAGUUCCAUAACCAAAUUAAAAUGACAUAUUAGACAUGUCUUCAUGUUAUGGAAAAUCUUGUUGACAGAAAAGUUUUGAACUUAGGAGAUACCCAGUUCUUUAUGUAAUGUAGAAAUUAUAAUCUACAAAAUCUCAAAUGUGGAUUCCUUUUGCUCUCAAAAGGUUUCUGCUUUUAUAGAUUUUGAAAAAAAAAAACAAAACAAAAAAACACAAACAUUUCAGUGAUAAUCAUAAUAAUUAUAAUAAAUUUGUUUCCAUCUAAAGUUUUAUGAUUAAAAAUCUUGUUACUAGGUAAAGUCAAAGAUAGUGAGACACAGUGGUACCCACCAUGCAACACUGACACGGACAUGAGUGAUGAUGGUGACGUUGAGAGUCGUCGUAACCUGAUUUUGGUAUUUAAAAAAACUUUUUUCCUUUAAUAUUUUUUUUUCUACUUGAUGUUACUGCCAAGUUCGUCAAACACAAGGACUACUUGAUGUUACUGCCAAGUUCGUCAAACACAAGAACUACUUGAUGUUACUGCCAAAUUCGUCAAACACAAGGACUACUUGAUGUUACUGCCAAGUUCGUCAAACACAAGGACUACUUGAUGGCACUUAAUAUCCCACAUUUAAAACAUUUGCUUGAAUUUUUAAGUGCCAUUUAUUUUACUUUUUUUUUUUUAAAUCCAUUCAACAUGUCAAAGAAACAUCUCCCAACAUCAGAUUUUCCUUUAAAUAAACCGUCGAUGUGCACAGUUUGAUAACUUUGAUAUCUUUAACUUUGUGUCCAACGGUCAUAUGGUGCAUGCAUGGAUCCUGAUUACUGGCUGCCAGGCUCUAAGAUAUUUGGUGACCCUAUACCCAUUAUUUCCCUGUGGAGGAUUUAGUAGUAGUAGAUUUUGACCAUAUUAUGUUUGCUUUAAACUAGUACAUAAUAAUAUGAUCCCUCAACUAUCUGAAAGCUUAUUGUAUGCCUUGAGGACACUCUAUUUUUCUCAAUCAUCCUGUGGAGCAAGUGUUCUUCCAUCAACAGGCAGCAGUGUAAUGACGCUCUUGUGGUCUGAUCAGAUUCGUCCCCUUGGCUCAUGUAGUCUGAUCAUUCAGAUUCGUCCCCUUGGUUUCUGUAGUCUGAGCACUCAGAUUUGUCCCCAUGGCUUCUGUAGUCUGAGCACUCAGAAUUGUCCCCUUGGUUCCUGUAGUCUGAGCACUCAGAUUUGUCUCCUUGGUUCCUGCAGUCAUUGCACUCUGAUUUGUCCCCCUUGAUUCCUGUAGGGGGUAAAGUGACACCAACGUGAAGAUCUUGGAAAAUGAAACUCUUCUCUAUCAAAGUUUCAAGAUUUACAUUUGUCUAUUUUUUUUAAAAAAUAUAUUUUUAAAAAAACUGACUUGAUGAUUUAUGUCCCCCCCCCCCUCCCCCACCAACUUACACGUUCCAGAUGUUCAGUUCACGAACAUUUUGAUAAUUUUUCCCUCUCAUUUUUUUUAAAGCUUUGUGUCAUGAUUUUAAAGAGUCUAAAGAAAGUGUUCUAUUCAUCAGCUACUUUAUUGACUUCAAACAGUUAUACAUUGAUGUGACAGCCUUAAUUCAGUAACUGAUCCAUGUUUGCAGAAUCCUGACUGUCUGAUCUGCCCAGAGCCAAUGGAAAUCCGUUGUGUGGUGAAUGAAAGAAGGGUGGUGCCGGGAUCUGUUGAUGGACUUUGUGAGAACAAUGCUAAUGGUGACUACUACUAUUGCAACCACGGUCAAAACUGUAUUGACAAAGGUGUCAGUACCAGGUGCGCAAAAGGUUAGUGUUCUGCUACAUAGGAGUGUUAGAAGCUAUCACUCUGUGAAUUUAUUUUAUAAUAAUGUACACUUAUUAUAGUAAAUGUUUUUAAACAUCUCAGUGAUGGGCCAUAUUACCCUCUAUAUUUAGCCUAUGCUGUAAAAAGUACUAUUAAAAAAACUGAAUUUAUUUCAAAUGAAAAACUAUGAUAGUAACUAUGUUAAAUAAUACAAGUAACCUUUAAAGUCAUAUCCGAUUUAGGAUUCUGAUCAGUUACUUUUAAAAUGCACAAAGCAAAUCUGCAUAAUUAAUUGCAAAAGAAACAAUUUUAAAAGAAAUACAUUGGCCAUGUGUAACAAAUCAUAAACAUAAACUGUAACCAACUUCAUUUAAUGAUACCCAAUGACUCUUCUUCCCCCGCCCCCCGCCCGGCUUUCUUUUUAUGUUGCAAAUUCUUGCCAUUCCAUUACUUUGAUGAAUUCAGUUCAUGGGUCUUUUUAAAAUCAAAAAACCCAACUCACAAUAACUGAUACAAUUAGAAACUGAAUAACUACUCACAGUGCUACUCCUGUGUUUUUCUUUAGAUGCUGACGAGUGUGUAACCGACCGCCAUGACUGCCCAGCCAACUCAAGAUGUAUCAACACUGUUGGUGGCUACUCAUGUCAAUGUAAUGCAGACUUCCCCCUGAUGAUCAAUGGAGAGUGCAAAGGUCAGUUGAUUAGCCUGGCAGUUUUUGAGACUACAAUAAGAUUGAAUUAGAAAAAACCCAAAGAACUGGCCUAAAACCUUUUGGUGCACCAAGGGUUAGUUCCCAUGACUUGAUAAUUUAAAAAUUGACUUCAAUGGGGGUGAAGCUUUUGAUACUUAUCAAGUACUAACAAAAGAAAUUAUCAUUGUUGUUUUUUCCCCAGCUUCAUAUCUCAAAUUUCAACUAACUUCAUUUUCCAUUCCUUCCACUUCAGCCGCAGACACCUGCAUUAUGUCUGGCCCAUCAUCUCCUGUGGACUUUGUCUAUGAUAUCCAGGGUUUCUCUGGUGUUUCUGGCAAAUUAAGUUAUGACUGCAAAUUCAAGAUUGCAUAUAUCUGUUCCAACAGCAACUGUGAGUUCUGAAGAAGUAGAAGCGUUUAAAAAUGUAUAUAUUAACUGUAGGAUGUUUUGAUUGUUGCCAUCGUAAAUAAUAUUAAUGGACUGUCUUGAAUUAUUUAAAUGCAUCAGUAUGAAAUAUUUAAUUUCACCAUUAUAAUUUUUCAGUGCUCAUGAGUUAAUUUAUUGCAGUUAUUUCAUGUUUUAUUAAACUGAUAUUUAAUGUCCACCUUGAAAAACUGACUAUUUUUUUAAACCUACAAAAUAUUGUGAUCUAAAAUAAUAUGAACUUUGUCAUGGUGCUUUAUGGAAUGUUGGUGUUGAAUGCAGCGAUUAAAUGGUGAACAAUGAACUUAUUUAUGGAAUGUUGGUGCUGAAUGCAGCUAUUAAAUGGUGUGUGAUGAACUGCUUUAUGGAAUGUUGGUGCUGAAUGCAGCUAUUAAAUGGUGUGCGAUGAACUGCUUUAUGGAAUGCUUGUGCUGAAUGCAGCUAUUAAAUGGUGUGUGAUGAACUGCUUUAUGGAAUGCUGGUGCUGAAUGCACUAUUAAAUUGUGUGAGAUGAACAGACUGUGAAGGUUGUAGCUAAUCUACUUUAAAAAAUUCUGUAGAAAUUAAAAAACUAAAAAAAAAAUAUUUUUUUUAAAUGACAUGAAAUUGUAAAAUAUUGUCAACAAGAUGAAAUUUGUACACCUCUACACUAUAAUAAUGAAGCUAAGAUCUGCAUGAUUAGAGGAAGUAAAUGAAUCCAAUUCCAUGAAUUAUUUCCAUAAAAGACAAAUUUAAACAAAAAACUAUCUACUUUGGAGUACCAUGUUUUGUUCAUCGAACUAUUUGUUUACUGUUUCAAAAAAAAAAUUUGUCUUCAGAUGAUCCCAAAUCAGGAGUGCCAUUCAUUUCCUUCUAUGACAUCAGUCAACGUAUAUCAGGAGUCCAGAACAGUUACAUAUCUACCUCCAUUUAUGAUCCUACCACCAAAGGCCUGGUGAGAUGUGGCAUCACUGAUGAACUGUUGAAACGGGGUCAGAUUUUGGUAUGGAGAAGAUUUUUUUUUGUCAUUCACUUUCUGGUCUGGUUUGCCAUUAACUUAUAUAUAAAAUGUUUACAAAUAUGAGCUUUCUUUUUUUUUAUUUUUUAUUUUUUUUUUUAUUUUUUUUUUUUUUUUUAUUUUUUUUUCUAUUUUUUUAGUUUUUGUUUUUUUAUUUUUUUUUUUUUUUUUUUUAUUUUUUUUUUUAUUUUUUUUUUUUUUUUAAACUUAUUUUUCCAAGUUGUAAGGCCUUUACGUUUUGAAGUUAAGAUGGACCUGUGGCUGAAAUGCUUGAUAAAACUGGUACAGAUCCUAAAGUAAUUUAGAAGGAAAAAAAAUAGUUUGCAGUGAAUAAGUAUGAAGUAUGUACUAAAUGUCCAAAAAAAAAGCUUUUAAUUUGUUUUUCUUUGGUGUCUGUAUGUGUGUGGGUGUGAGAGAGAGAGGCUUGGAAAUGUCACACUGGUCACUUGGAAAUGUCGCACUGGUCACUAGUAAAAAGUGGUGCCUUAAAUGUACAUUGUCAAACUGAAGCCAUUGCGGAACAUAAUGUUGUUUUCUUUUUUUUUGUGGCCAACGAUGAUACCUCCCCCACCCCCUCAUUUUCCCCAGGCAUCAGAAUAACUGAACUUCUAUUUGGUCAUAACAAUUUUUUUUUCUUUAAACUAGCACAUGAUUUCAUCCUUCAACAGUAUGCAUGCUCAUUCUAUUCUUUAUACAUUUCCUUCAACAAUUACAUAUCCUUCAACAGUAUGAAUGCUUAUUCUAUUUCUUAUACAUAUCCUUUAACAGGAUGAAUACUCAUUCUACUUCUCAUACAUAUUCUUCAACAGUAUAAAUGCUUAGUCUAUUUCUUACACAUAUCCUUCAACAGUCUGAAUGCUCAUUCUAUUUCCAAAGAUACAUAUCCUUCAACAGUGUGAAUGCUUAUUCUAUUCCUUAUACAUAUCCUUCAACAAUUUGAAUGCUCAUUCUAUUUCCUUAUACAUUGUUCUCCCUGAAUUUUUACUGUACAUAUUUCAUCUGACGCACUGAACACAUUUUUGACAUGCACAGUACGCAGAGAAGACCGACGAACCUGCAGUAACGUCCCUGAGUUUCUUUGACAAGAAGAUCAAAACACACUUCCAGUUCGUUGCCCCCAGCACUCUAAUCAUCCGCCAUGCAAGCAACCACUUCAAGGCCACUAUUUCCACUGGACCAACACGAGUCCAGGUAAUUUUCGCUCACUAUUGUUGUGCUCCCUCUUGUGUAUUUUAUGUGUGGGGAAAAAACUUGUGAUGCUCCUCCAAUCAGCAUGUUUCAUUUAUGUUACAGCUGAGUUUCCUUUCAUUCAGUGAUUAAUAGUAGUUGGUGCUUGAGACAAUAGAUAUAUUCCUAUAGGAUGAUUGUAUUAUUCUUUCCCUCAAAUAAUUGACAAGAGCCAGCAGCCUUAUUUUUGAGUUCAGUGCUGUAUUUAACAUAUUUUUUUUUUUAAACUUCCCAAAGAACCUGGUAACAUUUAUUCAAAAACAAAUUUCCCUUUAAGUAUUUUCUGGAACUAACACUAAGAGAGACAAUCCAUGGAAAAAGCAUUUGAAAAUUUCAGACAAUGGAGUUGUGUUGUCCUCUUCUUGAACACUUUAAAUACAGACCUGUUUACUCUUACGAUUUUGGCGUACAAUGUACGAUUUUGAGGUGUAUACAUUAUAUAUACAGCACGUUUUUGCUCUAUAAAGAGAAUGUAUUGAACGAUUAUAUGAUGAUAUUGUACGAUUUUAAGGGUUUGGGGGUAAACAGGUCUGUAAAUAGCACCAAAUAGAUUUAAGUUUUCAGCAAGUGCAACUAUAUGAGCAGCAUUGCAAUUUUAGAAUAUAGAGUUGUGUCGCAUUGAGACCCUUUACACCCCCUCCCCACCCCCUGAUUAAAAAAGGAGACUAUGUAAUAUGAAAGCCUUUGGCUUGAAUAGAGAGCUCUGAGUUUUGAUUACCUAAAGAAUAUAAAAAUAUUCAAAUCAUGAAAGUGUCAUCUUUUUUUGACUGCUAAUAGUUUCUAGUAAUUACACAAAUCUGUCAUCACUUUUUGGCAGCUAAUAGUGUCUAGUAAUUAUACAAAUCUGUCAUCACUUUUUGGCAGCUAAUAGUUUCUAGUAAUUACACAAAUCUGUCAUCACUUUUUGGCAGCUAAUAGUUUCUAGUAAUUACACAAAUCUGUCAUCACUUUUUGGCAGCUAAUAGUUUCUAGUAAUUACACAAAUCUGUCAUCACUUUUUGGCAGCUAAUAGUUUCUAGUAAUUACACAAAUCUGUCAUCACUUUUUGGCAGCUAAUAGUUUCUAGUAACUACACAAUUCUGUCAUCACUUUUUGACAGCUAAUAGCUACUAGUUAUUACACAAAUCUGUCAUCACUUUUUGGCAGCUAAUAGUUACUAGUUAUUACACAAAUCUGUCAUCACUUUUUGGCAGCUAAUAGUUACUAGUUAUUUAAAAAAGUCGAUGCGUGUUUCAGCUUGAGCUAUCAGAUGCCUACAGGAACCUGAUUUGCGGAGUGUGCACAGCUUCUCCAGCUUCAAGAGGUGCAAAUAUUGUCCUGACUGAGGCACAGAUAAAUGAAAUUUCUGUGUUGCCAGAGGAGCCGUAAGGAAAUUUAAUUUAAUACAAUUCUCUUAUCUAAUGUUUGUUUUUUCAUCAUAAAUAACUCUGUCAAACGGCCUGUUCAAUAACAGUUUUUUUUUUCUUAAUGCUAUAUCUCAGAAAAAGUGGGGGGGAGGGGGUAGUUGAGCUCUUUUUUUAAAAAGAAGCUUGCAACUGUAAAAUUUAAACCUGUAUCAACGUCUAAUUCAGUGUUGUUUUGCUACUUCCUUUACUUUAAUUAUGUAAAUCACAAAUUGCAUGCACAUAUUAUUGGAGUUGACAGUACCACUGGAAUAAAAAAACAACAACAGGUUGCUUCACAUUUCAGGACCUUACAUUCAUUUUAUUUUGAGAUUGAAUACAAAAUAUUCUCUGUUAUUUAUUUCAGAUGUGCCCCAAGAAAUAACCCAUCGCCACAACCUGGCAAUCCGUCACCACCAGAGAACCCAGAAGUACCUGAAAUCCCAAUACCUGGCAAUCCUUCACCACCAGAGAACCCAGUUGUACCUGAAAGCCCAUUACCUGGCAAUCCUACACUACCAGACAACCCAAGUGCACCUCAGAACCCAUUACCUGGCAAUCCAUCACCACCAGAGAACCCAAGUGCACCUCAGAACCCAUUACCUGGCAAUCCAUCACCACCAGAGAACCCAAGUGUACCUCAGAUCCCAUUACCUGGCAAUCCGUCACCACCAGAGAACCCAAGUGAACCUGAAAUCCCAACAUUACCUGGCAAUCCGUCACCACCAGAGAACCCAAGUGAACCUGAAAUCCCAACAUUACCU